AUGUCCGGGGAAGAGGCGGCCGGGGGCGACGCGGGCGCCCCGCAAAGCGCCACCGAGGCGCCACCCGAGCAGCAGCAAGAAGCCACUCCGGCCGCGCAGCCCGCCGAGGAGGGCAAGGCUGCGGGGGCCCCGUCGGAGGCGGCUGCCGCUGCUCCCGGGCGCCAGUACCGGGCGCUGGUGCUGAGCGGCUUCGGCGGCUACGAGAAAGUGAAGGUGCAGACGCGGCAGCUGCCGGCCGCCGAGCCCAGCCCGGCCGCGGGCCAAGUCAGCGUGGAGGUGCGGGCCUGCGGGCUCAACUUCGCGGAUCUGCUGGCCCGACAGGGGGUGUACGACAGGCUGCCGCCGCUGCCCUUCAGCCCGGGCAUGGAGGCGGCCGGCACCGUCUUGGCCGUGGGCGAGGGCGUCUCCAGCCCCAAGGUAGGUGAGAAGGUGAUGGUGAUGGCCAGGUCGGGGCUCUGGCAGGAAAUUGUGACCGUCCAAGCCAACCAGACAUUCCCCAUGCCGGAAGGGAUGAGUUUCGAGGAAGCAGCUGCUUUUUUGGUCAACUACAUCACCGCCUAUAUGGUCCUCUUUGACUUCGGCAACCUGCGACCCAACCAGAGCGUCCUGGUCCACAUGGCAGCAGGUGGCGUGGGGACUGCAGCCGUCCAGCUCUGCAAAACUGUGGAGAACGUCACUGUUUUUGGUACAGCUUCUGCCUCCAAACAUGAAAUCCUCAAGGAGAAUGGGGUCACCCACCCAAUCGACUACCGGACAGCUGAUUAUGUGGCAGAAGUCCGGAAAAUCCCCAAAGGUGUAGAUGUCGUCUUAGACCCUCUGGGGGGUUCAGAUACCACAAAAGGCUUUAAUCUCCUGAAGCCAAUGGGGAAACUAGUCACCUACGGUGUAGCCAACUUGGUAACAGGGCAGAGGAAGAACCUGAUGGCCAUGGCUAAGACCUGGUGGAACCAGUUCAGCAUCAAUGCCUUGCAGCUCCUGCAUCUCAACAAGGCCGUCUGCGGCUACCACCUGGGCUACCUAGAUGAGGAGGUGGAGCUCUUGAGCAGUGUGGUGAACAAGCUGUUGGCCCUCUACAACCAAGGCAAAAUCAAGCCCAAGGUGGACUCCGUUUGGCCCUUUGAUCAGGUGGUAGAUGCCAUGAAGCAGAUGCAAGAGAAGAAGAACGUUGGGAAAGUUGUGCUGAUUCCCGAAGCACCACCGAAGGACGAAAGCAAAGCAGCAGAAAACUAAAGUGAAAGGCGUGGGUGGAUUGUCUGACCUCAGGUCCUCAUGUUGUUGUAUUUUGGGUUGUGUUAUUUUUUUUUAUUUUUAUUUUUUAAAACCUGUCCCCUCUCCCCAUGUCUGACCCUUUGAUGGAAGUAGGAAUGGGCAUAUAGAUCUCUCACUGCUGUUCAUGGAAUAAGUGGUGUAAGGACCGAAAAGACACAUGUAUUGUCGUCGGCUGGAGGCGAUGCAAGCUUCUGGGUUUCACAGAACGCUUUGCACCAUCUCUAAAGCAUUGGCCGGCCUCCUUUCAAAAGUAAAUAAAUAGAAAGUAAUCACAGAGAGGAAUUGCAUUGAUCCUACAUCUCUGCUCCUGUAGCGUUAACACUUCAUUAAAGGAAUAACGAGG